AUGUCGGCCAGCGUUGUGCGGUCUACCGCCCUCCGAGCCGGCGGCGCCUGCGUGCGCUGUCGCAAGGGCAAAACCAAGUGCGUCUACGAAAACGGCCGCGCUCCUUGCAAGAACUGUGCCAAGGGCAUGCACGAGUGCUAUCUGCCCUCCGAGUCCAUGGCCCAUCACCAUGGCCAGUCGCCUGCCCGUCAUACCGCCGCUCAUCGCCCUGCGCGUGAGAGCCUUCCUGCCUCGGUCCCGGCCGGCGAUGUGCGCGCCGCCAACCCGGCUUCUACCACGUCUCGUCACGUUCAGACUCCCGAGAAACUUACACCGGAGCUGAUCCAAGAAUGCGAACGCGUCAUUUCCAAGACGUACCCGGCCUGUGUUGCUUUCCACAAGCCUUCGUUCAUCCAGCAGCUCAAGAACGCCUCUCUGGACCCGGCCCUCAUCUACGCGCUGCUCACCUGCGCCGCUCGAAGCUCUCCCACCUUGAUUAGACGCUAUGGCGGGCAGUCCGGCGCGACUGGUGCUGCUGAGCACUUUGCAGCCAAGGCCAUGGGCAUCAUCAACCAGAACCUCGACACUCCCAGCCUCGCUGAGAUUCAGGCCAUCUGCCUGAUCAUCAUCCACGAGUGGGGUUCCCGCAAUGCUGUUCGCGCCUACAUUUACCUGGGCCAGGCCAGUCGCAUGGUCCAAAUGUACCGCAUUCUCCACAGCCACCAUGCGGCCGUCAGUGAUGCCGAUAGGUUCCUUCAGGACGAGUCGUUCCGCCGUGUGCUGUGGCUGUUGUACAUUCUCGACUGCCUGCUCACCAGCACGCCCGGUCGCCAGCCUGCUUUGUCGGCCAACGACACGGCUGACGUCUCUCUGCCAUGCUCUGAUAUGAACUUUGCCUUUGGCAAUGCCGUCUACGUCCAGACCAUCAACCUCAGCGACCCCUCUCGGAUGCCUUCUGGCUCCCGUACCGACGAGAUUGGCGAGUUCGGUCAGAUUGUCAUGGCCACUCGUAUCUGGCGUGACGUUGUCCAGAUGCUGAUGACCACGACCACUGAGACCUUUAACGAUAAUGUCUGCACUGGUCUCAUGGGCGAGAUUGAGCGCCUUCGCGCUUCUCUGUCGAUGCAGUACGUCGACAAGCCGGGCCAGAUCAACCUUCACAUCACCAUGGGCUCUGGCUUCACAUAUGCCAUGCUGCACUGCAUGCUGCACUGCGCAUCCAUCUUCAUCAACCGCCGCCGCCUGCUGCAGUAUGUUACUGCACCUGGCUUCAACCUCGAGAGCUGGCGCCUGACCCCCCAGUGCCACGAUAUUAUUGAUAGGCUCUUUACGUCGUGCCACAGCACCAUUGCCAUGCUCACUGCUCUCGAGACUGGCUUUGACAAGGAGGGCAUCAUCUGCUUCCCCAUCUUCAUGCUGUUCUCGUCAUUCACUGCCAGCGCCACCGUGGCCUACCUGUCUCUGAAGGGCCUGACCCCUCCCAAUGCGGUCGAGACUGCCGGGCAUAUUGUGCGCGACGGCCUCCACUUCAUGCAGGAUGGGGUUGACACCUGGCCUCUGAUCAGCUCCUGGCUGCGUCACCUUGCCGUUAUGCAUAGAGUGCUCGGCAACGAUGCUGUCGCUGGUAGCCCCACUCCCGUUCCCCCGGCUCCUGCCAACAACCACACUGCCUCCGUGAGCGAGAGUGGCCGCGAGAGCGGUCGCGACAGUGAGCCUCCCGCGCCUCUGCCGCGUCGCCCCGGCGUCACUACUAUCAACGGAGGCUCCGGCGGCGUUGGCACCCCGGCUUCCGUCAGCCCCCCUCCUCCUCAGCCGGCCGAGAUCAAGCAGUCCACUGAGAUGCUUCCUCAGCCUCCCAUUGGCAACGGCGUGGCGUCUGCCGAGCCUGCUGCUCCUGUGCCCCAGGACAUGACGGCUAGCGAACUCUGCUCCGCAUUCGAGCGACAGCUGCUCGAGCUUGACGACCUCGCUGCCUUCAUGGGUGGCGGAGUUUGA